GUGCCGCCCCAGGCUUGCCAGGGUCCGCAGCGAGACAUGCCCGAGCCAGGCGCUGCAUCGACCUCGACUUAUCUGUAAGCAGCGGAAGGAACCAUGGUCAGUAAGGACACCAGCAAAUGCAUACUCACAACAUCGGAGAGUGAAGUGGAACCCGCCGCCUGCCUGGCCCUGGAGAUGAAAUACGCCCUGGACCCCAACCGGCAGAUUAAAAAACGGAACAAAGCCCUGCAGGUGCGGUUUAAGGACAUCUGCGAGGCACAGAAUGAGCAGAGGGACACACAGCUGUCCUCGGGCCAGCUGGGGGAGAAGCGGGAGGCCAAGCCCGUGUCCUGCAGAGCAGCCUACCGCAAAUACAUGACAGUGCCCGCACGCAGGUCCAUCCCCAACGUCACCAAGAGCACAGGCGUGCAGACCUCGCCCGACCUUAAGAAGUGUUACCAGACGUUCCCUCUGGACCGCAAAAAGGGGAACCUCAAAAGCCUCCCAGCUGCAGAUCCCUUUAAAAGCCAAAACAAUGGGUUUCUAACAGAUGCGAAAGAGAAGAACGAGGCUGGACCCAUGGAGGAGGCCCGGCCGUGUGGCGCAGGGCGGGUGCACAAGACCACAGCCUUGGUUUUCCAUUCCAACCAACACAUGAACACAGUGGACCAGCCUUUGGGGGUCAACUGCACAGAGCCCUGUAAAAGCCCGGAGCCGCUCAGCUAUGGAGAAGCUGCGCUCCAAAACUCCACUCGGCCUCCAUCCGAAGAGCCCGAUUACCAGCUGCUCGGGAGGGCCAAGCAGGACCGGGGGAGGCCAAACUCCGAGGAGCCCGCUCCACCUGCCCUCAGGAGGCUGUUUAAAACGGAGGUUGCCACCGUUUACGCACCUGCCCUCAGUGCCAGGGCCCCCGAGCCUGGUUUGUCAGACUCUGCAGCCGCCAGCCAGUGGUCACUCUGCCCGGCAGAUGACGAGCGGAGGAGAGCCACACAUCUCAACGGGCUCCAGGCGCCCUCGGAAACUGCCCUGGCCUGCUCACCCCCGAUGCAGUGCCUGUCCCCUGAAUGUAGUGAGCAGCCCUCGCAGACUCACACCCCGCCGGGGCUGGGGAACCAGCCUAGUCCCACAGCGGUUGCUGCAGGUGAAGAAUGCCAACAAAUCGUGCCUCAUACGGAAGUGGUCGACCUCAAAGCACAACUUCAGAUGAUGGAGAACUUGAUCAGUUCAAGCCAAGAAACCAUCAAAGUGCUCUUGGGGGUCAUUCAGGAGUUGGAAAAAGGAGAGGCCCAUCGGGAAGGGCUUUCAUAUCGGACGGGGCAAGACACAGCUAAUUGUGACACAUGCAGGAACAGUGCAUGUAUUAUCUAUAGUGUGGAGCUGGAUUUUAAGCAGCAAGAAGACAAACUCCAGCCAGUUCUGAGAAAACUCCACCCUAUUGAGGAAACUCAGGUCAUACCUUCGCCUUACUCUCAGGAGACUUACUCCUCAACUCCCAAGCAAAAAUCCAAAACUGAAUCUAAAAAGCAUGGAAGAUGGAAACUCUGGUUCCUUUAACACUCACGGUGUCUGGAGUCUCGAGGCCAUCUUUAGAACCCACUGGAGUUUAAGUCAAUACUUUUCCAAAAUGAAUAGGAUCGAGGGAACUGUGGUGCCCAUUCAGGCACCUCCCACUUCUCGCCCUGCGUACCAAAAAGGCCUUUGUACCAACAGAUAAUUAACAGAAGCAAGGUAUUCUGUGUCACUCCUUGCCAGCUGUUCCUUGCAGUUCACUGAUGUGGGAUGUAAAAUCUGAAAUGAAACUUACGUAGUCAAAGAUGAUAAGUAAAAAUUUCCCCCCACCCCCGAUCUGCAAGUAAUACAUUAUCAACCUGCGAGAUGGCAGGCUGUCACCCUGUACACAGCUAUAACUCAUAAUUAUUUUCAAGCCUUGAUUUUUUUUUUAAAUAAUGAGAAGAAAAAGCAAGCCUUAUGUUUGCGAAGGACUUCAUUUUUAUGUUUCAUUUUGCAAAUAAGCAGGGGGCGAGUGCAAUUUUCAGCACAUCAAAUUCCGGAGAAAGCACAAUUUUUUCAAGUGGUCGGAGACCAUGAAUAAUCUCUAAAAUGUGACUAUAUGUAUAUUUGCCUUCAUGUGCUAUAGCUCUAAGCCAAGUGACCACAUCUCAGUGUCACAAUGACACCUCAAAUUUAGCAUCCUCUUCAUCUCCAGACUUACGACAUGUUUACUGCUCAUUUUCCAAAUGGCCAGCAGCCAGGAGUCCCCCAAAGUCAGGAUAUGCCUUUAAUCACUGCAAGUAGACAGGGUCAGAGCUAUUGGACACUAAGUUUUCUUAGAUCUCAUUUUUAAUCUUUUGGUACCGAAAGGCCAAAUAAUACAUUCUGGCAAGAAUCUGAGAACAUACAUAGAGAUACACGAUGGAUAAUCCACCCACCAAUAAAUCACAGGCAUUCUGUGCCAUGGCAGACAGUGUUUUUGUGGAUCGAUCCUCCGAGACACUGUUAGCCAUGGUAAGUGCAGCCAGACGUUAUGUACAAUUCGUUAUGCUUUGUAUUAAUGGUGGAAGACCUGACCAUCUCAAAGAGAAACAGCGCGUUUAGUUUAGCUGCUACCAAGAGACAAUAUCACCUACAUUUAACCUAUUAGUAAGUUGUACUAAACAACAUACUUAGGGGAAAGCUGUGAAUCAAAUGUUUUUAGGUAUUUUUUAAAUCAACAGUAACAGAGUUCUCUCUUGAUUACACAUUGCAAUGUAAAUCUUAGUUCCUUUAUUUUUUCACUCAUUUCUUUGCAUCUUUGCAAGUAUCUUUUUAUAGAAAUCAAAUCCCCUAGUCUAUUAAUGACUUUGUCUAUCAAUUUUUUGAUUUUCACAAUAGGAAGUAGGGAUCUUACUUUGCCUUUUUUUUUUGUACAACUUAAAUUUUGAAUAGUUUGUGAGCAUACAGGAAAACCUAGUCUUGAAGUUUCUGUCCAGCAGUUUCACAUCUAGCGGAGUGCUGACAUGCACACCUCAUUGACUAGAUGCCAAACACACAGUGGCUAACCUUGGUAAAAGGAUCUCACCUGCUUUUAUCAGAUUGGAGCUGCUUCUUGCCAUGUAUUUUCCUCCUGACUCAACAGCAAAUCUGUUUCAGUUCUAAGUGUUUUGAUUCUACAAGGACCUAGUGAUCAGUAACCGGAUCGGGCCUUGAAAAAAAAAUGAAGAGUAUAUCGUGUAAACAUUCUUCGGGGGCCAAACAACACUGCAGUUGUAUGCUUUAAUUUAAAACACACACGUGCACACACACAUCCUUUGCGGAAACACUAUAUGAGGCUCGAAUCCCUGAAUAUCAAUAAAAGGAACUGAGAAAUAUUUUGGUGCAAGAACAAUGAGGAAGUUGAUCCUGUCACAUGAAGGAAGUGUAACUGUUUCACGUAGACUAAACAUUUAAAAAUGGGUUUCAUGUUUUUUAUACUGUUUUUAACUAAAGUUGUAAAAAUGUUUCCAACAAGUUCUCUCUCCUUAUGUUUUAAGAAUCCCAACUAUCUCAGUAAAUUGAAAUAAGGGUAUUAGCAGUUUUCUAAUUAGUAACACAAAUCUGUCUAAACAAGAGGACAUGCUAGUACACAAAAUAAUGUCACUGUUUCACACCAGUCUAGACCAAAAAAAAAUAAAAUUAAAAUGUUCAGAGUCAAAAAGGAGCUUCUGAAGAUAAAUUAAUUCCUCCCUAAAAAUUAAAGUGUGUUCAAAAUAGAAAAACUAUUGUCAAAAUCAUUUUAUAGUUUAAUUGCAACACGCCACUAACAGAUGGUGAUUCUUCUCUUGGAAAGAUUCAAGUAAAAACUCUGAUACAAAAGCAAGGUAAAAUGCACAGGGUUCCCUUAUGUAGAUGUACACAUGGCAUUGCAUAUAGAGAUUAAAUUAUUAUACUUGUCAUUAAGUUCUUUAUUAAUUUUUAAAUAAAAAAAUCAAAGAUG